AGUCCAUGUCCUUUCCGGUUAAAAAAUACCUUGCUAGUUGAAUAAAAGUCUCUGAAAUAAAACCCUGUCAAUUUUCCUGUAGGUUGCAGCGCCGGCUCCAAAGCGAAGAGGUCGUCCCCGCAAGUAUCCCUUGCCCCAAUCAAAUGCUUCCCGAAAUUCCCCGCCCAAUCAGAAAACCGUGAAUCUUCCGGCUCCAUCCCUGAUGCACACCGUGGCUCUACCUGCAGCCAACCCGACCGGCCUCUCUCAGCCAAUAGACUGGCUCAUAGAUGACGUCAUUGCACAGCUGCCAUUAAUGCCCAACAACCAGCACACAAUAGACACUGCAACUCCAGAUCCUAAUCCAAAAACUCAGCCCUCAGUAAAGCUCACCGAUCCAGCCAUAGUCCAACCACAAUCUGAAGGUGAGCUGACUGACAUACUGGACAGCUUUCUGAGAACGUUCGAGCAGCACAUUAGCGUAUGUGACGCUGAUGGUCAAGAUGCAGUGAUGCCCACUGAUGAUCACCUGACUUGUGGACAGUCUACGUCGAAUGCACAUGACGCUUUAUUAAACACGACAACACUAAACUCAAUAUCCAAGAAUAGACUACGACCCGCUCGUAGACCACAGAAACCGUCAACCUAUUGGCAGCUGACAGGCAUGAAAAUGGAGAAAUCGCCUGGAGAUCAAGGCGAAGAGAUGCCUGCCGUAAUGACCAGAAGCCAGAGUAGAAAGAGAAAGCAGGAGGUCAUUGAGGAGCUGUUGAGGAGAGACCCGGUGAAGAGGAAAAAACAGAAAAAGGAGCGUUCAGAAAAGACUAGGAAUGACUUCUCUGUAGCAAAGGAGGCAGAAAGACCAACUCAAAUGUUGAACGGAGAGCCAAAGCACUUCCUGAGCAAAUUUGAGCCCAGCAAAUUGAGGAAAGUCAUGAACACAGCCAGCGCUAACAAUAUGAAGAUCUCAAAGCCUUUACAACAGUCUUCAGAUCAGACUUGUGUCAAAAGGAAACGCACUAAAAGAGACAAAACCAAACCUCUUGCGGAAGGAAGCGCGUCAAAGAUGGCAUCCAGUACGACGAGUUCACAACCACUCUCACCAAAUCAAUCCAGACCGGCUCUUUCUGCUUUUGACUUGGUGAAACAGAUUUUGGAAAGUCAGCAGAGGAGAGAGAGAGAGCACAAGGAGCACAGGAUGUGGAGGGUGAAGAAACAGAAAGAGAAAGACCGGGUUAAAAGCAUGCACGCAUGUGGAGCAAAAGAGAAGGAUGACGGAGUGAAAAUGCACAGUAAUAGCAGGAUAGACCAAAGACAUGAGGAAAUGAGAGGAAGAAUGGAGGAGGACCAGAGGACCACAUGCCUUCUUCAGCAGCAGCCAAUAGAUGAAGAACACACAGAGACUAGAGAGAGACUGAUGGAGAACGGCUUCAGCAGAUGCGGAUGCGAGACGGCUGACUCUGUUUUUCCGAGACGCAGCACAGAAGACCGUGGGCUUAAAAGCACAGCAGACGUGACUCUCGCCUCAGCGUCUCCUCAUGAGAAACUCACAGACCCUUCAGAUGAAGAUGUGGACGUGGUGGAAGUUUCCAGCAGUUUGUCCGAGUCGUUCUCUGUCCUGCCGCUCACAGAGAUGGAGCCCAGCACAGAUGAAGAGGACAGCGAUGAAGACCAGGAGAUCGACGUCAUCAGUGUUGGAUCUCAUUAAGCUGAUUUCCGUUACUUUUUAAUAGCGUUUAGCUGUUCCGGAUACCCCUCCCGUAUGGAUGCAGAUCUGAACAUUCCCUGUCUGCAUGUAAUUCAGCACUCAGUUUGCAGUGUGACGGUUGCAGAAUUUCGACUUUUGUGGCUUCAGUUUAUUUAGACACAAGAAAUCUUUUCAGUUCUGGAUGUAGAAGUUGUUUGUUUGCGUCAACCGUGCCGUCUUGUACAUAAUGAGAAUGCUGUAAAUGCACGCUGAGUUUCCUUAUCGUUUCCUGCAUUUUGUAGCCAUGUUCAGAAUAAACAGACAUGGAUCAGGUGUUUGUUGUUCUUGUGUUCACAACUGAAGCGUGUGGAGCGGAUAAAUAGGCAAAGCUUUGAACAAUGGACUUCCUUUUUGAUUUAUAGGGGGCCUGUUAUGCAAAUAAUCACUUAUAUUCAACUUUUUCAUUGACCACUUUGUGAUCCUUCUAUUUCAACAUUUGAACGUUAUUUCUACAAAUAACAACUCAGGUGGCACGGUGGCUAAGUGGUUAGCACUGUUUCCUCACCUCAAG